AUGAGCGUUGUUGGCAUAGAUUUUGGUGCCCAGAGCACAAAGAUCGGUGUCGCAAGAAACAAAGGCAUAGACAUUAUCACAAAUGAAACGUCCAAUCGUCAGACACCCUCAUUCGUUGGAUUCGGCCCUAAGAGCAGAUAUCUGGGAGAGUCUGCGAAAACUCAAGAAAUCUCGAAUCUCAAGAACACCGUCAGCUCUCUGAAGCGCCUCGCUGGCCGAUCCAUCGAUGACCCUGAAGUCGCCAUCGAGCAACAAUUCAUCACAGCACCACUGGUUGAUGUCAAUGGCCAAGUCGGUGCUGAAGUCACAUACCGGGGCGAGAAGGUUAAGCUCUCCGCUGUUCAGCUUAUCGGCAUGUACUUGGGCAAGAUCAGAGACACUGCGAGCAAAGAAUUGAAGCUACCCGUUUCCGACGUUGUCAUCGGGUGCCCCCCAUGGUUCACAGACGCCCAACGACGUGCCAUGUUGGAUGCUGCAGAAGUUGCAAACUUGAAGCUCCUGCGCCUAAUCAACGACAACACAGCCAUCGCCCUUGGAUAUGGCAUUACCAAAUCCGACCUCCCAGAAGCUGAUGCCAAACCCCGCCGUGUUGUCUUUGUCGACAUUGGUUACAGUGAUUACACCGCCUCCGUCGUCGAGUUCCGGAAAGGCGAGCUUUCCGUCAAGUCCUCAGCCUUCGAUAGACAUUUUGGAGGUCGCAACUUUGACAAAGCACUCGUCGAUCACUUCGCUGCCGAGUUCAAGGAGAAGUUCAAACUAGACAUCACUACAAACGCUAAAGCGUCCACCCGCGUUGCAACAGCCGCAGAGAAGCUCAAGAAAAUUCUGUCGGCAAAUGCUCAGGCUCCACUGAGCAUCGAGUCUUUGAUGGACGACAAAGACGUGCGAGCAAUGUUGAAGCGUGAAGAUUUCGAAGAGCUCAUCAAACCUCUCCUCGAACGCGUCACUGCGCCUCUCGAACAAGCAUUGGCAGAUGCCAAAUUAAAGGUAGAGGACAUCGAUGCCAUUGAGAUGGUUGGUGGUACCACCCGUGUACCAGCAAUCAAAGAGCGAAUCGGCAAGUUCUUCGGCAAGCCUCUGUCAUACACCCUCAACCAAGAUGAGGCCAUUGCCCGCGGCUGUGCUUUCUCUUGCGCAAUUCUCUCCCCCGUUUUCCGUGUCCGGGACUUCUCUGUCCACGACAUCGUCACCUAUCCUAUUGAAUUCGUGUGGGAACAGUCUCCCGAUAUUCCUGACGAAGACACCAGCCUCACUGUCUUUAACAAGGGCAAUGUGAUGCCAUCUACCAAGAUUCUCACUUUCUACCGGAAGCAGCCCUUCGACCUCGAGGCGAGAUAUGCCAAACCAGAAUUGCUUCCUGGAAAGGUGAAUCCAUGGAUCGGCCGAUUCUCAGUCAAGGGCGUCAAGGCUGAUGACAAGGACGACUUCAUGGUAUGUAAACUAAAAGCGCGUCUUAACCUGCAUGGCAUCCUCAAUGUUGAGAGCGGCUACUACGUCGAAGACGUUGAGGUCGAGGAACCAGAACCGGAGCCAAAGAAGGAUGGCGACGCCAUGGAAACCGAUCAAGCCAAUGGUUCUGCUGAGGCCAAACCCAAGCUUCGCAAAGUCAAGAAGCAAGUGCGCAAGGGCGACCUUCAGCUUGUGGCUGGUACCUCGUCGUUGGACGAAUCUGCCAAGUCUGGACUGGCAGAACUCGAGAACCAAAUGUUCAUGGAGGACAAAUUGGUGACUGAUACAGAAGAUAAGAAGAACGAACUCGAGGCAUAUAUUUACGAAUUGCGCGGAAAGAUCGACGACCUGUAUGCAGAGUUUGCAAAUGACGAGGAGAAAGAGAAAAUCAGAAGUAAACUGGAAACAACAGAGGAUUGGCUGUAUGAUGACGGCGAUGAUGCCUCAAAAGCCCAGUACAUUGCAAAGAUGGACGAGAUCCGCUUUGUUGCUGGCCCCGUUGUUCAACGCUACCUUGACAAGGUGGAGGCUGAGCGUGCUGCUGUUCGAAAAGCAGAAGAGGAAGCAGCAGCCAAGAAGAGAGCAGAAAUUGAAGCCAAGAAGAAGGCGGAAGAGGAAGCAAAGAAGGCAGCCCAGCCAGAGGAUACUGAGAUGAAGGAUGCUGAAGGCGAGACCAUCAAACCUGACAGCGUUGAGGAAAAGUAA